GGACACUAGUUUUGCCCGACAACUUAAAUGUUUGGCAAUAACGGUGUGCUGGAGAUUGUUAUAAAAUAAGCUACAACAUUGUGACUUUUAAAAAUAACACAAAAAACAUAUUACGUCUAAGCUGAUUGGGUUUACAUUCCGCGCAUGUUGAUGACAUCAAGACAACGUCUGUAUUUGUUGACUCGGGUUGGCGCUAACGUUACCCUCUGAAUUUUACUGAAUGUUUACUAGGAUAUAACAAUGAGUAAGAAAGGUAAUGUGUCGUGGGUGAAACCGAAUGAGCCAGCUUUCCUGCGAAAAUUCAAAAAUGAUGUUGGCUAUAAAGAAGGACCGACAGUUGAAACAAAGCGACAGGAGCUGCCCAAGUGUGAUGAGGACAGCGGCGACAGUGACCGAGAGGAUGAAAUGCCGCAGGUGGUGGUGUUAAAGAAGGGAGACCUGUCUGCAGAGGAGGCGAUGCAGCUGAAGAAAGAGAGUAAAGACUCGGACAAAGAUGAACAGCGUCCUGCUGAUGGAAAAAUCCUAUUUAAGAAACCAGCAAAACGAUCCUCAGACAAAUUUGAAGGCAUAACCGCUAGCUCCAGCAGCAAGAAGAAGAAGAAUGAGGAGGAGAAGAAGAAAGAGUCUGGAGUGAAAGUGAAGAACAGCAGCCUCCUGUCAUUUGGUGAUGAUGAGGAGGAAGACUAAGGCAAAGCUUGAUCAGUGAACUGAACUGCAUUCUCUAAAUUAUAUGAUGACGACCCUCAACACAAAGAUUCUUUAAUGAGAUUUUGUAAUUUGAAUUUUGUGACAGAAAGAUAAGACUUUGUAAACGUUAUACAGUAAUUGAUUAAAUUCUGUAUGAUGACAUUUUUACGGGAAAAUUUUAAUAAAUCACUGAGCACAAGUAUGCGCUGUACAUACUAUGCAUCACAAUGGCAGAAAAAUGAUGUACAACAUUUCUACUGACGUUUCAGUAGAAAAAUUUCGCUAUCAUUUUUUUAAUGUAUUAUUUGUAUUUUCCUUGCCAGAUGUUCUGCUUACUUUUGAAAAUGAUAGGAGAUAGUUCAUUUUAGCCAUGGUUUGAAGCUGAUGUGCUCAUGUUAUAUUGGGUGGGCGAGAUUGUGUGUUAUAGUUGAUUAUUCUGCUAAAAACAGAUGUCCAUACAUGUGUAGCUUCUAUAAAGGAGCUGUCUGUGAUAGUUUUUUUUUUUUUGUCUCAAGGAUUGAGACUGUGAUACUGGCACAUAACUAUUUCAUUAUGGUUUAUAUACACAAAUAAAAGAUUACAAUUUCACAUUA